GCAAGAUUAUGGUGGCUGGACACCCUACCCACACUCCACCGUAGAUUCGACUUGAUUCCGUGAACCAUCCAUCCAGCCUCUGAUAUCCCGCCUUGGACAUGUCGACCGUACUGCAUAUGCCCGCAUUUAAUUCCGCUCCCCAUGGCCCCGCCUUCACGUCCGUCAAUGGCCGCUUGUCUCUGAGUCCACCCGACGAGCAAAAGCCAUCCGUUGUCGCUAAAUCUUCUACUUGGAGCCCUACCUCUCCAGACCCUGAGCACAACCGUCACUCUCCAGACAGCGAUUCGAGCUCGUCCACUGUUAGCAGUGGAGAUAAGUCUCCCAAUAGUUCUGACAAGACAAGGUCGUCUCCCGAGAACCCAAACAAGAGGAGGCGUUCUGGAUCCGACGAAGGCGCCUACGGUCAGCACAGCCCUGAUCAGACGACUGCCGGCCCCAGACAGCUUCCGCCUCCCUACCAGCCUCUGAACCGCAGCACGACCAUGAGCAUGGAGACCCCUCAAUUACCAAGUUUGCCUCCAUUAGGUCGUCCAGAUGCUGAACGCCGCUGGCAGACCGAGCCCCGUGAACUGCCUCAUGCGACUCAUCAUUUCCAACCCCGUGAGCCACGUCCUACAGAGCCUUCCCGCAACAAUGCUUUGUCACCCGAGUCGCGCGACAUGAUUGAAGAGACUGAAUUCACGCGUGCCGGCGUACAAGUCGAGCUCAAGAAGAGGAAACGGCAAUUUGCCAACCGCACUAAGACUGGUUGUGGAACCUGCAGAAGGAGAAAGAAGAAGUGCGAUGAGGCCAAACCAGAGUGCAAUAAUUGCACACGAGGCGGUUUCGUUUGUGAGGGCUAUGCCAACAAAGUACCUUGGCCAAAGAAUGGGCCUGCUAAACCGCCUGCCAUACUAGCCAAGGAGAAGUAUGCUGCCUAUACGUCGUGCCCAACAUGUCAAGAAAAGCACACGCCCCACUGUGGGCCACAAAGCAGUGAAACCCCUUACCCACCACCCGAAAUGCAUCCAGGCAACAGUACCGAGCGCAAGCCUUGGAAGUCAUCCUGGAGUGAUCCUGCACCUCCACCAGUCCGAGCGGCUUACCAACCGGAGGCCCCGCCGCCCCCGGCACAGUAUAUGCAACCUGCGGCAAACCACUAUGAGAGACCCUCAACCCACGAUCAUCAACCGGUAUCUCAACAGCAACAGCAGCCUCACCAUACCUCUCGUGGCUAUCACCAUGCUCCACCAAGCACAAAUCACCUCGCUAUCAACACUGCUGUCCCUGCCACCACUAUGGUCGCCAAGCCUGUCCAACAGCUACAUGUGGCACAGCAGCAUCCUCGUCCGCCGCCUCCUCCACCGCCAACAUCCUUGCCACCCACGCGAUCACCGACGCGCUUUACAGAGUCCUCCUCAAUGACGUAUAGAUCUGAGAAAGACAAGAUGCUAGCGGGGGAGCCAUUUAACCCCUUUGACAAGACCCUAAUGCACGAACGCCAUCUUAGCACGCAAGCCCAGUCCAUCUUCAACAGCAGCAAGGCAAAUCCCUCCAACGUUUUGUCGAGCACAACCGUCGACCACUUUUUCAAACAGAUUCUGAAUGCAAGUCGUCAUCGUGAAGGAAAGCAAAUUGAGAUUCACAUGGGUCCCAAUUGCCAUGUCGCUACGCCUUUUGCUUGUGACUACGGCUACCACCUUAGUAUGGGCGAAAAUGUUGUCAUUGGUGCUGAUUGCCAUCUCCACGACUCUGCAAGGAUCUCUAUCGGAAGGAACUGUAAGAUUGGAGUUCGGGUCACAAUACAGACUUUGAAAACACCCACCGAUAACAAGUCAUUGAAAGGGAGCAACGGUACCGAGAUCGCGCAAGAAGUACACAUUGGGGAAAAUGUGUACAUUGGCGAUAAUUGUGUGAUCGAGGCAGGAGUUCACAUUGGGCCCAAUACCAUAGUGCGUCCGGGUUCUGUGGUGUCUCGCUCUUUGCCCCCCAACUGCGUCGCUCAUGGAAAUCCUGCGAUCAUCCUACCUAACUGAGAUACUCAGUACAACAAUCACCUUGUGUUCUCGCAAUCUUCCAGAACAGUUCGUCAUGUACGAGAUAUUCGCGAGGUAUUUAACCUAUUUGAUAUGGGUCUUGCAUGUCACAUUACGCACCACUGUGUGGUGCAGGAGUUAACGGCGUUUCUACAACCUGGAGGAUACCCAUUGCUAUAGUUUUUUUGCUUUUGUGGGAAAGAGAGAUGCAGAUGGUAUAUAGCUGUAUGUUGAGAACGGGUGGUAUCUGACUUGUAUAGUCUCCUUGUAUCUCGGUACCCUGCCUGCUGGACAUGGCUGUGCUCUAAAAGCUCAAAAACAUAACAUCUCCUACAACACUGCUUGAAACUUUCACAAUAUCCGAGUUUGUGAUGAAGCCUACUUCAUUUAGAGGGGGGUCCGGAUACCCCACGAUGAGCUGCUAGGAUACUUUGAGCCUAGCUCGAAGCGUGACUGUGAACGCGGCUACACGUGCGGGAUGUGGUCCGUGC